GCCGCUCAUUCGCGAUAACAAUGGCGUGACGUUUUUAAAAUGGAAACUGAUAGGUGCUGAAUUACAUAUUCAUGAAAAGUUAAUUGGUAAAACAAUUCUGAAUAAAAAUGAAUCGCAAAUAUCACGAUAGUCUCAGAUACCAAAUGACUGCGCAAUACAUGUAUGUUUCUGCAAAAAAACGUACGUAUAUAAAUAACAGAUUUACAUAAAGAAACCAUUUCUGCAAAUAAUAUGUCACAUCUGUAUCCUGUAUCACGUCACGGAGAUAAACGCCUCGUUAACAAGAACAUAACAAAGACCAGUGAUGGAUUUUCCAAUGGAGGUCGCCAAUAUCCCACUAUAAAUUUCAGAAAACAUAUAACAUCGAAAACUCUGUAUAUUACAAAUUAUAUUUAUGUACUUUUUGUAUUUAUUUUAUUAAUUACGAUUUCAAUGCUAAUUAAAAAUUGGAGGUUAGAAUACAUGUAGAAAAUCCCUAUAAAAUUCGAUGAUUCUGCACUAUCCUAUAUAGUUUCAUGUACAUAGAAAACUUGGUUUUCUCCAUACGGUAUUUUCCCUACUCAUCACUAGCAAAGACACAGAAACAUCAAAAGAAGGCAGCCAGAGAUUCGUGUGAAGUGAACGAGAAAGGUAAGGAUGAGUAACGGGUAGAAGGGGAAUAAGGAAAACGAACGAGACGGUCGGAGGGAACCGAAAGAGAGAAAAAGAGAGGAAAGAAAACGGGUAUAGAAGAGAGGGAGAGAGAUAGUAGAGGAUAGUGAAACAGAGAAUGGGAUGCGAUGGCGGCGGGUAUGGCAGGGGUAGCUCUUGCUAGGCGGGCACCCGCUGGCGGCAUUUGCAGGUAUGGCGAUGAACAACACGGCAAUUUCUAUCGUCGCGUUGCGCGACCAGAGUGAAUAAAAACGCCCUUGAAGAGUACAUAACUGUGUAACCCUCGCGAAAUCGAUCGGUAACGAAGCUGCUAACUGAACUAUAAAAAAAAGUGGUUAACUCAUGCGAAUCAAUGCACGGAAACAGAGAGACAACGAGUAGGAACAGUGCCGAUUCAAUGACAUGUAUCAUCUAGUGAGUACGCUACUUAUCAUCGGCACACUGGGGGCGAAUCAUCCCCGCAUUGUUCUAGCCAGCAACAACGGUGAAUUAAAUUUGAUUAGCGUCGCCAAGUGUUGCGAGCCCGAGGAACUUCUCGUCGACGACACGUGCACGCCAUUGACGGAAACGAACGAGACGGAGUGGCGGCCGGAAUUCGUGGAGGAGAAGGUGAACGGUAUUUCAAGGAGCAGACCGGUCAAGCCGAAUUAUCAAUUGAAAAUAGGAAGACCAAAGUGUCAGUCGAACGAGCAUCAAUGGAACGUGUACCAUUACCAAUCAGGCGAGGAUCGUCUGGCUAUAUUGACAACCGGUGUACUGCGACACUAUACCAGACAUUUGACAAAGGGAAACUACAAUCAUGGAUAUCUAUACGGCUUAGACGCUGUAGGACUAGACGAGGAUGACGAAGAUGAUCUCGAAGCGAUAUCCAAUCAUCAUGACUAUUCCUUCGGGCAUUAUUGCAUUGAUAAAGCAGUUUUAAGUAGAGAUCGAUUGGUUGCUACGUACGCUAUGGUCUGCGUACCGAACGUAGUCGUCGGCUGGACUGAUACAGAUUAUUUAAUGAAACACGGAAUCGAUCCUACUUUUCACGCGAUAUCGAUAGCCAGUUACCUAGUAGUUGCAGUCGUCUAUUUCGUCUUACCGCAACUCCGUGAUCUUGUGGGAAACAUGAUAACUAGUAUGACUCUGUGCCUUAUUGCCGGCCAAUCUGCCUCUAUGGUACGAAUCUUCACGGAGUUUGGCAAUCACGUUAGUUUUAUGGUUGCCGAUACCGUAAUGUAUGUCUCGUUGCUUGCUGCGUUUUUCUGGCUCAAUGCUUUGGGUUAUUACGUGUGGAGCACAUUUCGUUCGCGCAAUGUGUUUCUACGAGUGACCGACGGCAGAAAAUACUGUUAUUAUUCCUCGUAUGUUUGGGGUUCAACAGUCUGUAUAGCGGGAACAGCAAUUUUCGCACACUUUGCCUUAGAAACCAACAAACCCAUGGUCGGUGGAACGUUGUAUCCACCUCAAGAAACUAUCGGUUGGCUCGGUAUUUCAAUGUUAUUUACGUCAAUAGCAUUCACGAUAAUUAUUGAUCUAUGUUUUGUAUUGACCACAGCGAAUAGAAUAAAACGAAUGAGUACGUACGGUCGAAUUCAUCACAAAAUGAAAUACAGCUUUAGGAUGUUUGUGUUUUUGUUUAUAAUAAUGAGUACCGGUUGGCUGUCGUUGUUAUUGUCACGAUUGAAUUACAAUGCGCUUUUAUACUGUCAUAUCGUUAUUAAUAUUCUACAAGCAAUUUUUAUACUGUACGUUUGCGUGUUUGGGCAAAGAAGAGUUACAUUUUUACUGGGUAAAACAUGCAAUUGCUGUAAUUCUGAAGAUAACAUCGAGGGGCUUGAUUGGGGCGAAGAAAUGACUGCCAUUAACGCGGGUUAUUAA